CCGCCCUCUCUCUCUCUCGUCACUCUCAUUCUCGCCUCUCUCUCUUCCUCUCGAUCCUUCCACUUCUCUCUUCCUCUUCCAGAAACAAAUCAAACCAUAGCCACCCUCUCUUCUCCUCUUUCUUAUCUCGUCUCUCUUCCACCAUAGACCGAAACCCUAGCCAUCAAUUAACACCGCCGCCGCCAUCCUCUCUCUGCUUCGCCCCUCUCUCUCGUUUUGCCCAUCUCCUUCACUCUAAAAAAAAAUGAAAACCGAAGGAGAGGGAGGCAGCAAAACUCGACUCCUCCUUUCUACCAUCCGUCGUGGCCGCCCUAUCGCCAGCCGAGGAAUCCGACCACGACGGACCUAACUCGGAGACUUCCUCCCUAGAUGUUUUGGUUUUGUGCGAGGCGGAAGGGAGAUCGACGACACUCAGACCUCGUCGGCAGGGAUGGCGAGCCUUGCCGCCGGCUAGAAUGGGAGGAUGGCGCCGGCCCCAGAAUCCGCCGGCAACGAACGCGGCGGUGGUUUGACGACGGCUAAGGCGGGUUUUGAAAAAUGGGCAGAUCUAGGUAAGGAUCACUCUAAACUGAGUUUAGUAUGACUGGGGAGGUUAAACUAAAAUUAAUGGACUAAUGAGAUUUUUAACAUAGCUAUCGGGUCUGGAUUCCCAAUAAAACUGGUUAUGUAUGAGUUUGUGUGAAUCGAAAUGGUAUUUUUUUGGACUCCACUUAGUAUGGCUAGAGGUUAAAAAUAUGAAAAGGGG